AUGCAUAAGUUUGUGGGCGCUGUGCUGGCCCUGAUUCUGUGCCUCGCUGUGGGCAUGAGCUCCGGGGCGACCUACUACCUCUACCCGGACAACGCCGGGUGGUCGACCACCCUGAGCAGCCUCCAGGCCGGCGACACUGCCAUCUUCGCCGCGCACGUACACCCUCACGGGAUCGUCCACAACACGAUCUACAACUCGGGCUACGUCGACCUCUAUCUUCCUGCUUUGAGCGGAAGUCAGUUCGUGGUCGCCAACAACGCGUUCCUGUCGGCCAACGCCUUCGCCGUGCAGACCCAGACCAACACCGUGUGGCUCAAGAACGCCUACGUGUCCGGCUCAGCCCCGGCCGGCGUGCCCUCGACCGGCGUGUUCCAGGUCACGACCGGCGCGGUGACCAACGCGGCGGCCAACAACUUAUACCCAUCGGCGACUAGCGCCCUCAAGAACGCCGGCAGCGCGGCCUACACGGCGCCGGCGACCAAGGACUUCAACAACACGCCCCGGUCCAACACCACCCCCACUGUCGGCGCCUACGAGUACACCAUCACUACAAAUCCUGGCCCGGCCAUUGGUCCUGGUGCGACCUGGAGCUCCUGCGCGUGGGGCGAGGGCGCCGACCUGGCCGAAUCGUUCGGGUGCAAGUACCUCGAGACGUCGGCCAAGGCGCGCAUCGACCUCGACGCCUGCUUCUUCGAGCUGGUGCGCGAGAUCCGCAAGGCCAACCCGGAGAACAGCCCCCACGACAAGGGCUCGAAGGGCCAGGGCAGCCGCAGCGGCCUCUUCUGA